CACUUGGAAUAUUCAAUAUUCAAUAACUCCCACAAAAAAAAUCUCAAAAACCCAGUAUUUUCCUGCCAUGUUAUCUUCCAAACCAUGAUGGUCUUUUUGCUUUCCGUUCUUUUUCCUCUACAAAUUUUUUGUACGUCAAAAAUCCAAAAGAAUGCCAUUAUUUACUGCAACAAUUGCAUUGGGAUCAGUCCCAGGAAGCCUUUCUUUUCUUUCUAAGCUCUUUACAACCACUGAGACCUCAUCCACUCAAUGUUCUCCAUCUGGGUCUCCUCUAUUGAGCCCCAUAUCCAACAAUCUCUCAAAGCAUUCACCGAGAUGUUGCAGCAGAAGAACUCCAUGGAUUUGCUCUGCUAGCAAUGUCUCCAACAACACUGAAAGUUAUGGGCAAGCUGGUACAGCCUCUGCUAGAGUACUUCAAGACUCCUCUACCCCUCCAGAGGCCGUUAGGCAAUCUCAGAAUGAGAGGUCCGCUGAUUGGGAGGCAGCUAGAUCUUACAAUGCUAGUGGAUUCAUUUAUGAGGGCAGGGUUGAAGGUUUCAAUGGUGGAGGUUUGCUGGUUCGUUUUCGUUCUCUAGUUGGUUUUCUUCCAUUUCCACAGUUGAGCCCAUCCCAUUUUUGUAAAGAACCAACCAAAAGUAUCCAUGAGAUUGCAAAAGGCUUAACUGGUUCACUUAUUUCCGUGAAGGUAAUUCAAGCUCAUGAGGAGAGCAGGAAAUUGAUAUUCUCAGAAAAGGAAGCUGUCUGGUCAAAAUUUUCUGGUAAAAUCAAACUAGGGGAUAUCUUUGAAGCAAGGGUGGGUUCUGUGGAGGAUUACGGUGCAUUUGUUCACCUACGGUUUCCUGAUGGUCUGUAUCAUCUCACCGGACUUGUACAUGUUUCUGAGGUUUCAUGGGAUUUAGUUCAAUCCGUAAGAGAUGUUCUAUCUGAGGGUGAUGAAGUAAAGGUCAAAAUUAUUAGCAUUGACAGAGAGAAGUCCAGGAUUACACUGUCAAUCAGACAGUUGGAAGAAGAUCCACUGCUAGAGACUUUGGAAAAAGUAAUACCACAGGAUGGCUCAGUUGGUUCUGAUUCCUUGACCAUUAGCGAUGGCAAUAACAUUGAACCUCUUCCAGGACUCGAAACUAUAUUUGAAGAGCUACUACGAGAAGAUGGCAUAAACGAUGUAAGAAUCAGUCGCCAAGGGUUUGAAAAAAGGGUGGUUUCACAAGACUUGCAACUUUGGCUUUCAAACGCACCUCCAAUUAACCAGAGUUUUACGCUUCUUGCUCGUGCUGGAAGGCAGGUGCAGGAAAUUCAACUGACAACAUCACUUGAUCAGGAAGGCAUAAAAAAGGCAUUGCAACGAGUAUUAGAACGAGUGCCGUGAUUGAUAUCUACUGAGUUUCAUUUGCCAUACAUCUAUAAUGGUGGUAGUAUUUUUUGUACAGAAAAUUACUGUGACUUCACCAAAAGAAGUUCACUGUACAUCAUGUUAAUAGGUCAAACAUUUACAGCAUGUUUAUUUUUCCUUUCUUAACUUGAUUGCAGAAAGAAACAGUACAUGAAAUUUAGUUUACAUACUCAA